AUGUCCCCCUCGGCUGUGACCACCAUCAGCCAGUUUCUGGAGCCCUUGGCUCUGGACAAUGCCGUUGCUUUGAAACUCUCCAGGGAAUUCUACUCCAACUUCAAAUACCUGUCUUCCGAAUCCUUGGACCAGUUCCUACCGACUCCCAUUUCCAUGUCCAUCUUGAGGCCCGAGGGACGCCAAAGUACCGGUCGCUUCCUUGCCAUGGACAUUGGUGGUUCAAAUUUGAGAGUGGGCUUCGUGGAGCUCCUACCCGACGGCCAAGCUCGUCGCCUAAAUCGUCUCCUCGAGCAGUCAUGGCCUAUUCUGGAUCACCUAAAAAACGAGAACUCCGAGCGUCUAUUUGGGUGGGUUGGAGAGCACAUUGCACAGGUGGUUCGUGAAGGAUGUGAAACAUGGGGGUUAUCUUCGGAGGAAGAGCUGCCCAUGGGCGUCACCUUCAGCUUCCCCAUGAAGCAGACCUCACUUUCCGAAGCUACUCUGAUGGUUAUGGGCAAGGGCUUCGCCAUCACAUCAGACCUUGACCUCGGUGGUCACCUUCUCAAGGGGUACGAACAGCACAGGACAGCCGACCUACCUCCUAUAAAGAUUGCCGCCAUCACCAACGAUGCUGUGGCUACAUUGGUAUCAUUUGUAUACCAAUACCCAGCCGCGCCGAACCAGAAAGCAGCCAUGGGCCUCAUCGUCGGUACUGGAUGUAAUGCUACGAUACCCCUCAAGCUCAGCAGUCUGCACCAAAACAAAUUCCCGGAUCUGAUCAGUGUUCAGCAGGACCAGGAUCUUUUGGACGUCGGGAUUGCGGUAAACACAGAAUGGAGCAUCAACGGGUCAGCAGCGCCGCUGCGCAUGCUUGGGUUGAUCAGUCGCUGGGACGAGGAGCUAGACAAGGCAGGCGAAACCCCCGGUUUCCAGCCAUUAGAGUACAUGACCGCUGGUCGUUAUCUGGGCGAGUUGGCUAGGCUGAUAUUUGUGGACUUUUUGACGACGGUUCAUGGCGUCUCGCCCGACGAUCUGCCGCAGAGGCUUCACCAGCGCUUUGGUCUUUCCACAACCUUCCUCAGCCACUUUUACCCGGAAAGCCACAAGGGCGACAUCCUGGAGCAGUUACAGAAAGAGUUCGACUUGGCCGCAGAUACGACAUUCACAUGGACAUCGACCCAUGCGGAAGCCCUACAUCAGAUAGCCAAGGCUAUCCAAACACGAGCAGCAGGCAUUGUUGCGGCAGCCACCAUUGGACUUUUGCGCUGCGCUGACGAGAUUCCUGACCCGUCAGAAACAGUCCAAGACAGCGUCGCUAACGGGGACAGCGUUGAAGAGCUUGUGGUAGGGUACACUGGCGGCUGUAUCCAGCACUUCCAAGAUUACUUGAAAGACACGCAAGCCUUCUUGGAUUUUAUCACGCAAGAAGAGUUCGCCGCCCAAGGGAAACAGAUACGGGUAACUUUAGAGCCCUGUCAUGAUGGAGGAAUCACCGGUGCGGGAAUCUUGGUGCCCGCUGCUUUGGCUAGCACCCAGGCGUAG